UCUGUGACAGCUCCGUCUGGGAGGUCAGACACGGGAUGGCAGCACCGAAGAAAGUCUGUGUGAUCGGCUCUGGUAACUGGGGCUCUGCCAUUGCCAAGAUUGUGGGCGCCAACGCAGCCAAGUAUGACAAGUUCAACACCACGGUCAACAUGUGGGUGUUCGAGGAGACGGUGAACGGCCGCAAGCUCACGGAAAUCAUCAACACAGACCAUGAGAAUGUGAAAUACCUGCCCGGUCACAAGCUGCCCCCCAACGUGCUGGCUGUUCCAGACCUGGCCGAGUCCGUGAAAGGAGCCGACAUCCUGAUCUUCGUGGUCCCCCACCAGUUCAUCUUGAGAGUGUGCGACACCAUCAAAAGCCACAUAAAGCCGGAUGCUGUGGGAAUGUCGCUGAUCAAGGGCGUCGAUGCGAGUCCAGACGGCCUAAAGCUGAUCUCGGGGGUCAUCAAAGAGAAACUGGGCAUCACCAUGACGGUCCUCAUGGGUGCAAACAUCGCCAACGAGGUCGCUGAUGAGAAGUUCUGCGAAACAACCAUCGGCUGCAAAGACAAAGCACAAGGGCCGCUGCUGAAGGAGCUGAUGCAGACCACCAACUUCCGCGUGACUGUGGUGGAGGAGUCUGAUGUGGUGGAGAUCUGCGGGGCGCUCAAGAACAUUGUGGCAGUAGGAGCCGGUUUCUGCGACGGCCUCGGAUUCGGCGACAACACCAAGGCCGCCGUGAUUCGCCUCGGCCUCAUGGAGAUGAUCUCCUUCGCCAAAGUCUUCUGCACAGACUGCCCCGUGUCCUCCGCCACCUUCCUGGAGAGCUGCGGCGUCGCCGACCUCAUCACGACCUGCUACGGCGGACGCAACCGCAAGAUUGGGGAGGCGUUUGCCAAAACGGGAAAAAGCAUUGAGCAGUUAGAGAACGAGCUGCUGAACGGCCAGAAGCUUCAAGGUCCGGCGACGGCAGCUGAGGUCCACCAAGUCCUGAAACAGAAAAAAAUGGUUGAGAAGUUUCCUUUGUUCACUGCCGUUUAUGAGAUCUGCUUCAACGGCCACCCAGUCACAGAGUUCAUCAAGUGUUUGCAAAACCACCCAGAGCACAUGUGAAGGACCGGCAUGAGGGCUCGGGAAUGGCUGGAAGUUGGGAAAGACUUUUACACUAGAAUGACUGUAUAACCAAAGAGUUUAUAUCGGGGGCAGGUUGGGGGAAGUUUGUGCCUAAUCCUAACUUCACUCUUGUUUGAGUUUCAAACAGAGAAAGAAAAAAAAAUGGAGCGGAGUUUCUCUCCUCAUACCUGAGCUGCUGUGUUGACCUGCCGACAGUAACUCUGUCUCCACUUCUGUUUAGUGUAUAGUUGCAUAAAUCAUCUAAGUCUUAAAGGUUUUAAGUUUUUGAAUUACUCAAUUCACAAACACACAGUCCAUGAGCUGAAUGUUAUGAAACGUUACAUAACUCCUUGAGUAAAAGUGCCUUUCAAUGUCAAACAAAGCUCUGCAAAAAAAAACAUUUCUGUUCUGGUCUUCAUGAAAUGGAAUCACUUUACAAGAUUUAUUUUGGAAUAAAUUAUUGAACUUG